AUGCCCAAGCCCAACAAGCUUUCGCUCUCCGCUUACCUGCUCUGGGCCAUGUCCGUGCUCGCCGCGGCGGCCUCAGACGAUGUCAGAAUCGCCGUGUACUGGGGCCAGGACGCCAGCGAGGGCUCGCUCAGGGACACAUGCAGCACCGGCCUCUACGCGUACGUCAACAUCGCCUUCCUCUCCACGUUCGGCGACGGCCGCGCCCCGAUCCUCGACAUGGCUGACCACUGCGACCCGCCGUCGGGGGGCUGCGCGUCCCUCGCCACCGACAUCGCCUCCUGCCAGUCCGCGGGCAUCAAGGUGCUCCUCAGCAUCGGCGGCGGCACGCUCGGCGGCUACAACCUGUCCUCGCCGUCGGACGCGCAGGGCGUGGCCGCAUACCUCUGGGACAACUUCCUCGGUGGCACCGGCACCGGUGCUCCCCGCCCGCUCGGAGAUGCGGUGCUCGACGGCGUCGACUUCGACAUCGAGGACCCGUCCCGGUACUACGACGACCUCGCGCGGAACCUGACGUCGCUGUACAGGGGCGACGCGCGGGGCAGGACGUACAUGCUCACCGCCGCGCCGCAGUGCCCGUUCCCGGACGAGUCCCUCGCGGCGGCGCUCGGCACGGGGCUGUUUGACCACGUGUGGGUGCAGUUCUACAACAACCCACCGUGCCAGUACGCCCAUGGGGACGUCGGUGCGCUGCGGAGCGCGUGGCAGCAGUGGACGGCGGGCCUGCCGUCCACGACCGUGUUCCUGGGCCUGCCGGCGUCGCCGGACGCUGCGGACAGCGGGUUCGUGGACGCGGACACGCUCGCCUCGCAGGUGCUGCCGGCGGUGGAAGGCGCGGCCAACUACGGCGGCAUCAUGCUGUGGAGCCGCUCCUACGACAAGGACACUAGAUUUAGCGUGAAGCUGCAGGGCAUCUUGCAAAACCGGACCUCAGAUAAGAAAAGGAGAAUCUAUAUAAUAGUAGGAGCAGCUGUCGCUGGCGUUUUGCUGCUGUUCUUGCUUAUUUGCAUUUACUUCCUCUGCCACAAGAAGAACCGUGGGACGCCACCUCCUGAGGAGGGAUCAGGGACCCCUCCAGCUCCAAAAAUAGAACUGCCUCAGCCAAAACAAAAACCUCAGCGUCUGAAACGCUACACCGAUUCAGAGAUUGAGAGGAUGACAAAAUCUUGUGCUCACAAGCUGGGCCAUGGCAGCAACGGUGAUGUUUACCGUGGCAACCUCCGUGACGGCCGUCAGGAGUUGCGUCCAAAGAUAUCUGAUGUGGGCGUAGCAAACUUAUGCUUUGGCAGAGAGGGCAAGAGGACUGGAGAUCCGAGGGGAAGAGAUGGCUAUGAUGCAGCUGAGGUGGUGUCCGGGAAUUUUGGCUCAGUCAGCAGUAAAUCUGAUGUCUACAGCUAUGGCGUGAUGGUCUUAGACACGGUGAGGGCGAAAAGGAGCAUCAGUGUUGGCGCCGACACUAACAGCAAGUACUUUGCUCAGUGGCUGUAUGAACACUUGGAUCAGUUCUGCAACAGCAUUUCUGACAUCAGUAGUGAGACAAGGGAUCUUGUAAAGAGGAUGAUCAUAGUUGGGCUGUGGUGCAUACAAACGGCACAUACGAAUCGGCCUUCGAUGAGCAAAGCCGUCGAAAUGCUGGAAAGUAGCAGCAUGGACUUGGAGUUGCCAAUUAUGAGCUGGUUUUCUUUAGCUCACCAUAAUCCUGAUGAAGAACUUAUCCAAGGGGUUUGUGAGCAUCCUGACAAAAUUAAAGGCUCAGGGUUCUUGCUGUACCUGCACAGGCACGUCUUCUGCUCCCUGAGCUUGGCGCAGCACUCGCCGGACGGGGCCGCGCCCAGGAUGAACGCCGGGACGCACGGGCGUAGCGCCAGCGGGUCGCACCUCGGCGUAGCCCGACACACCAUCGUGCAGCAGGGAGCGACGGCGAUUAUGGCUACAAGGAGCAGAAGCUGCACCGCGUAA